AUGUCUAUUGAAUACGUGCUUUUAGUUAAACAAUAAUAAGUUUGCCUAUUUAAGAUUCCACCAGUCAGCAGUAGCAAGGGUUAUUAUUUAGAUGACUGGAAAGAGAUGUUUUGGGAAGGUAAAAUAAAGCUUAUAAUUAACAGGGGGAAUCAAAUUAACAGAAAAAGGUGGGUAGUUGACUUUAUAUUUUAUUGACAAAAAUACUUCAGCUGUACAGACCUUUGUAAAUUUUCCAGAUAAUCCUUACUAAGCUAUUGAAAAAACAGUGGAUAGUUAAAGGUAAAUGAAUAAAAAUAUAUUUUUAGAGGAUAUGCAAUUAGAUUAGUAACACCAACAGGAGGUCAUCAAUGGGUUGGUUGUGUAUUUAGAGAUAGAAAUGAUGCCUUUGAUUUCAAUGAGAAGAUAUUAAAAUUCAUUUCAGAUAGAGAAAUGGAAAGAAAUCCAGAGAAAUUUAAAAAUGAAUUUCAACCUUAAUAAGAUUUUAGUUUAAAGUAAGGAUAGAAAAUAUAGAUAUCAUUGGGAGAUGGAAAUCAAUAAAUGAAAUAAAAUUAGUAGAAAGGAUCAACUAAUUUAUCUGAAUUUAAAUUUGCACCUCCACCUGAUGCAAGUGAUUUUGGUUAAUUUUCAUAACCAGCUCAAUAAUCUUAAGCAUAAUCAAUAUAGAAUAGUUGGGGUAAUUUUGAUUUUAACUCUUGGAAUCAACCAAGUGUACCAUAAUAGAAUGCAUUUUAAUAGACCCCUCAACAAUAAUAAUUUGGAUUUGGAUAACAGUCAUAAUCAUAGCCUUAAUAAUAAUUUAACUUUUAAGCAUAGGUGUUUACUAACUAAUCAUAACCAUAAUAAUAAAAUUAAGCCAAAACAAAGGAAUUGAAUUUAUUAGAUUUAUGAA